GCCGCACGCAGCGUCACCGCACGUCAGCGUUGUUUGAUAUCGUUUUGUGUUAUUUAUUGAUAAGGCAAAAAUAAAUGCUCUUAGAAAGAAGAUAACAUUAUCUCCGUACAGUGAUAAGAAUAAAUGCCGCUUUAAAAUUGUAUUACUGAUAUUGAAUACUGCUAAAUUUUUAAACUUUCAGUAAUGGUUUUGUUGCGGUUUAGAAUCAUUAAAAACAUGAUCGUUGCACCCCAGUAUCGGCAAAUGCAUCUGCUGAAAAAUUCAGCAUAUGUCAAUGGAGAAUGGGUAAAAGCAAGUAGUAAUGUAGUCUUUGCCGUAAAAAAUCCCGCGGACGAUAGUGUGAUAGCCGAAGUUCCGGACAUGGAUGCGGCGGACGCCAAGAAUGCUGUAGAUACUGCAGCCGCUGCUUUCGAAACUUGGAGAUGGACUACAGCUAAGGAACGAUCUCGUGUUCUUAGAAAAUGGUUUGAUUUAUGUGAAGAAAAUUCUGAAGAAUUGGCGAAGGUUAUUACAGCUGAAAGUGGCAAACCUCUGGCUGAAUCCAGGGGAGAAAUUUCAUAUGGAAAUUCUUUUCUUGAGUGGUUUGCGGAUACCGCUCGUCAUAUCAAUGGAGAAAUAAUACCCAGUCCUUGGCCUACCAAGCAGAUUUUAUUAACUCGUCAGCCUCUGGGAGUUGUUUCUGUCAUCACACCUUGGAACUUUCCGUAUGCUAUGAUAACAAGAAAAGUUGGAGCUUUGAUGGCAGCAGGAUGUACAUGUGUUGUGAAGCCAUCAGAGGACACUCCUUUAGCUGCUUUAGCUGCUGCUGAACUUGCAGAACAAGCUGGAGUGCCUAAAGGAAUUUUUAAUGUUAUUACAACAAGUAGGAAGAAUGCUGCAUCAGUGGGUAAAGUGUUGUGUGAAGAUCAUGCAGUACGUUGCAUAUCAUUUACUGGCUCUACUGGAGUGGGAAGAAUCCUAUAUGGUUUGGCUGCAAAUGGGAUAAAGAAAGUAGCAUUAGAAUUGGGUGGAAAUGCUCCGUUUAUAGUUUUCCCAAGUGCAGAUAUUGAAUAUGCCCUUGAUCAGGCUAUGUUGGCAAAAUUCAGAAAUAAUGGCCAAGCUUGUGUUGGAGCUAAUAGAUUUUUUAUACAUGAAGAUGUAUAUGAUAAAUUUGUGAAAGGUAUGAAAAAUAGAAUCAGCCAGAAGUGUGUGCUGGGUCAUGGCACUCAGGAGGGUGUUACUUGUGGUCCACUAAUUAAUUUAAAGCAAGUUAAAAUUGUUUCCAAACUUGUUGAAGAUGCUAUUUCUCAAGGAGCCAAAGUACUGGUUGGGGGAAAAGUGAGAAAAGAACUUGGUGCCAAUUUUUAUGAAUCAACAUUAUUGGUAAAUGUAAAACCAAGUAUGUCAGUAUUUUCAGAAGAAGUUUUCGGCCCUGUGGUUUCUUGUGUCAAAUUUAACACAGAAGAAGAGGUUCUGAAAAUGGCUAACAGUACACGUUCUGGUCUGGCAUCAUAUGUGUUCACUAAAGAUCUUGGACAGGCAUUUAGAAUGUCUAGCAAAUUAGAAUUUGGAAUGGUUGCUAUCAAUGAUGGAAUACUAUCAGCUGCUGAGCCAGCAUUUGGAGGAAUCAAAGAGUCUGGAAUUGGCAGGGAGGGCAGCAAACAUGGUGCAGAAGAAUAUACUGAAUUAAAGUACACUCUUAUGUCUGGCUUGGAUAAAUAAUACAUGUAAUACAUAAUUAUAUAAACAUUGUACCCUAAUUUGUUGCCAUAUUAAUUUAAGAAUUUAAUCACAUUAUUUAUUUUAUACUCUGUUAUUUUACUUUAUAUAUUAUUUUUAAUUGUUAUGUUUUUGUUUAUACUAUGCUUCUUUUUUGUAUUUUCAAAUAGGUUUGGAACAUCAAAAUAAUUAUGACUGAUUAUAAUUAUAAUACCAAUGAUUUUCUGUUUUCAGUGAGACUAUGUUAAAUUGUAACUAAGCACAGAGAAAACUAUGUGACUAUAUAAUUCCAGUCUUCCAUUGUAUUGUGAUGUGCAUGAUAGGAUAGGACUAAGAAUAGAUCAUAAGGUUGUUAUUAGGUAUGAUUGGUGUAACUAUGGUUAAUAGUUAUUUUAAAUUGUGUCCAAUGUAAAAGAUACAAUGACUGUAUAAAUAAAGUGUAAUUCCAAGUAAAUAUGUCAAACCAUGUAUAUUGCAUUUAAAAUACAUUUAUGUUAUCAAAA